CCACGCGCUUGUCUGUUCCAUUCAACGAGUUAACCUUUAGAAAAGAACUCUUGCUACCCGAGGGCUCUCUCUAACUUUGUUUUUGUUAACAUAAAAGUGCCUUUUCUUGCCUAACGAGCCGGUAAAGAGUUCAUUGCGGCUACGGACAGCCCAUUGUUGUUAUUAGGAAGACCAGGUUCCAGCUCCAGCUACAAACUAGUGUGGAACUGGUGGAACCUGUUGCCAACCAACUGCUAAUUAACAGUUAAUUAAAGUCGCGCCCAUAUCUAGUAUAAACAACUUUGCCGUUGUCUUUCAAAUUAGCAGAUCUAUAGUUGAGCAGCGAGAAGAUGGGCGAUAGAAAAGGAGAAGAGUCGCCAUUUAUAUCAUCAAAAAAGCCAGUGACAUUAAAUCCAUCAUGGGAGUCACAAAUGCAACCCGAUCCCAAUAUCAAUGGCAAAGGCUCCGUUUCAAUGAUGUCGAAAAUAGGCGCCUCGCUGCAGCAGCCGCCACUUGAUAAAUAUAAAAUUGUAUUUUUAAUAUUUAUGCUGCAUGGACUGGGAACCUUGAUGCCAUGGAACAUGUUUAUUACCGCCAAAUCGUACUUUGAGGACUUCAAACUGAAUAAUACAAUAAAAACGGAAACCAAAUAUAGUGAAAACUUUAUGCAGAACAUGGGAUUCGCUGCACAAAUCCCCAACGUUCUCUUUAAUUGGAUCAAUAUCUUCAUCAAUUUAGGUGGCGAUUUGACCAGUCGCAUUGUUUACACCAUAUUGUUGGAGAUAGUUAUUCUGAUUGUUACUGUAGUGCUCGCUAUGCUGGAUUCCUAUGAGUGGCCUGGCAUAUUCUUUUGGACUACCAUGUGCACAGUAGUUAUAAUAAACAUGUGCAAUGGCAUCUAUCAAAGCACAAUCUACGGGCUCGUUGCGUCGCUACCUCCCAAAUAUACUGGUGCUGUGGUUUUGGGCUCGAAUAUUAGUGGAUGCUUUUGUACCAUCAUGUCAAUCUUGUGCAGCGAAUUCUUUGAGUCGCCGCGAACUUCGGCUAUCUACUAUUUUGUGACGGCAAUUCUGGUUUUACUAUUGUGCUUCGACACAUACUUCGCUUUGCCAUUGAACAAGUUCUUUAGACACUACGAGAUGUUGAGCAAACAAAACGAUAAGAAUUCAUCGGCAUCGAAAACACCACUAAAAGUGCCUUAUUGGCAGAUCUUUAAGAAGGCUUCACCUCAGCUUUUCAAUAUAUUCUUUACAUUCUUUGUCACACUUGCCGUAUUCCCCGCUGUCCAUUCGGAUAUCAAGCGCUCGGACGAUUUCAUUCUUGGAGAAAAGUAUUUUACCCUCGUCACAUGCUUUUUGACAUUUAAUGUCUUCGCGAUGCUGGGCAGUUUGGUCACAUCGUGGAUACAGUGGCCAAAACCUAAAUUCCUGGUUGUACCCGUAGUUUUACGCGUUGCAUUUAUACCUUUAAUGAUCUUGUGCAACUAUAAUCCGAACGGGCAUAAAAGAACUCUGCCUGUGCUCAUUUCGAACGAGUGGGUGUAUUGGAUCAUUGCCAUUAUAAUGUCAUUCAGCUCUGGCUAUUUAAGUUCCUUGGGGAUGAUGUACGCCCCGCAGACUGUUAAUACUAAAUAUCAGAUAACCGCCGGAAUGUUUGCUGCCGCCUUCCUAGUUAGUGGUAUUUUUGCAGGGGUAUUGUUCUCAUAUUUGUGCCCCCUCUUUUUGACUUUAUGAGCAAUCAUUUUUUGAUUUGAUCUUUUUUACCAUUCAUUUCAUUCAUUAUAUUAUGUAUUACUUUUAAUUAUUGGCACAAUGAAAAUGUUCGUUUUUGUUUUCGGCAUUACGUAAAUAACAAACAAGACAAAUUUUAAGUCUAAUGAAUUUAUUUCUUUUGAUCUUUUGGCAUGUUGCCUGACAAAUUUAGUUGUAUAAACCUACACAUUAAUUGUAAUCCUGUUUAAAUAAA